AUGGAUGAAAUUUUAUGGGAGGUUUGCUCUUUGCUACAUCACAUUUUGCAUCCUGAAAUAUUUGAGCAUUUUCACUGUGAAAUUCCAUGUGGGUUUCUACUACAUGGACCCCCAGGUUGUGGCAAAACAUUGCUUGCAAAUGCAAUUGCUGGAGAACUUGAAUUUCCAUUAAUUAAGCUAACUGCUACAGAAAUUGUAUCUGGUGUCUCUGGAGAAUCUGAAAAGAAAAUAAGGGAUGUGUUCAAUGUUGCAAAGGCAAAUUCUCCUUGUAUAUUAUUUCUUGACGAGAUUGAUUCUAUAACGCAAAAGAGAGAACUUGCUCAGCGCGAAAUGGAAAAGCGUAUUGUGACGCAACUGCUUUCUUGCAUGGAUGACUUAUGCUCAAACACAAGAAAUCGCGUUCUUGUCAUUGGUGCGACAAACCGGCCGGAUACCUUAGAUCCAGCCUUAAGACGCGCUGGGCGUUUCGAUAAAGAAAUAUCUGUUGGCAUUCCAGAUGAAAAAUGCAGAAAAAG